UAGAAGUUAGAACACACCAAAGUGACCAAACAUCAAAUUCAUUCCAACUCUUGCAAGAUUCUACUGAUCUUUCACAAUAAGGAUAGUCUUAUCCAUGGAGAAACAACUUAAGCUGAGGAGCAAAAUCUUGAAGGCACUUCCAAAAGCAGUUGCAGCAGUCACUGUGACAUUUCAAAACCCUCCAUUCAGCCCUGGCAGGGACCACAAAUCAAAACCUAUGGUAUCCAUGAUUCCCCACGAAGCUAGAAGAAAGUCACACGAUAGGGGCCAUAAUGGCAUUGAUGAAAUUUAUUCUCAAGAACCCACUUCACCAAAAAUCUCCUGCAUGGGACAGAUCAAACACAAGAAGAAAGCCAAGGGUAAGAGCACGUGCACGUCCAUACCAAAGAAAACGAAGAACGUUGCUAGCAAUACUUCCCGAGACAUAGAGGUAAAGAAGCACGUUUCCACGUUUCAAAAGAUGCUAUUGUUCAAUGGGGCGAAGCCAAAAUCUGAGGGGAGAAAAUCCAACGCUUCUGCUCCCGGAGAUAUUGACAAGGAUGCUGCAGCACGUGCACCGCACGUGAGUCAGAUGAGAAGGUUUUCAAGUGGACGUGACGCUCUUGCUGAUUUUGAUUGGAAGGUGGCGCAAGACGAAGAGGAAAUUGAUUACUAUUCGGAUGAGUACAGAGUGGAGAGUAGUGAUGGUGAAGAAGAGGAAGAGGUUAUGAUUCCUUUCUCUGCACCCAUUUUGGUUGGUCAUGGUCAUGCGUGUGACCUUAAUUUGAAGCCACGAAAAGAAAUCAACCUAUGGAAGAGAAGAACUAUGGCUCCACCUAGGCCUCUCCAAUUAGACAGAGCAAACUGAUUAUUAAUUAGCUUACGAUGAUGAAUAUUUGUUCUUUCAAUUUUUUAAUUCCUUUUGUUUUUUGGUUUUGAAACAUUUUAUGUGCAGAAUCCCAGACAGAUUUAAUUAGAUAGAGCAAAAAAAUGUAAUAUAUAUGAUAAGCAACAUGGUAUAUGGCAUCAAAAUUACGAUUUGUAUGAGUAUCCUACUGGUCCAGUUAUCAAAUGUCAUUCAGGAAAUUCAAA